UACCUCAAGGGUUAAGAACCUUAUUUGAAAGAUGAUGGAAAAACCAGAGAAUCCAGAAAAGUCUUGCUGAAAAAUACUUGCCCGAUUUCAACUCGAAACCAUAACAUACGUAACUCUCAAAGACUCAAAACUUUCUACCUUCAGACCACUAACUUUUGUGUCUUUUGUUAUGGAGGGGUCGGAAAGUGACGGCGGUGUUACGCCGAUUGCGAAGUGGAAGAACGACUUCUCUAGGACAUUCCAGUAUUACCUCGAUAGGUCAACGCCGCAUACGAUAGAAAGGUGGCUAGGGACGUUGGCGGUGGCGAUGAUCUACGUUUUACGGGUUUACUACGUUCAAGGGUUUUACGUAAUUUCAUACGGUUUAGGGAUUUACGUAUUGAACCUCUUGAUUGGAUUUUUAUCUCCCAAAGUUGAUCCCGAGCUUGAAGCUUUGGAUGGUGCUUCGUUGCCAACCAAAGGUUCUGAUGAAUUCAAGCCCUUUAUUCGUCGCUUACCUGAGUUCAAGUUCUGGUAUGCCAUCACAAAGGCCUUUGUAGUUGCAUUUGUAUUGACUUUCUUCUCCAUGUUGGAUGUACCUGUUUUCUGGCCAAUAUUGUUGUGCUACUGGAUAUUUCUCUUUUUCCUCACAAUGAAACGCCAGAUUCUGCACAUGAUCAAAUACAAAUAUGUGCCCUUCGAUAUCGGAAAACAGAGGUAUACCAAUAAGAAGUCUGCAAGUAGUAGUGGUACACAAGAAACUGAAGGGUGAUCACUGAUCAUAGAAGGGAAAACUUUGGAUAACAAAAGCAAAAAUAGAACAUGCAUGUAUUGGAGUUUAGAAACUGUCUGGAUAGAUUGCUAAGGUUUUAGUUCGGGGUUCUCAUGUAUGUAGUUGACCAGUUGUACUACUUACUGAUAUGUGGUGAAACUAGGCAAAACAUAUAUAGCCAACAUGAAGGUUUUAGUUAACCACUUGUACCUAUACUUUUCUUUCCUUGUGCACAAAGUUUGGGUUUGGGUGGAAAUCUUAAUGAGACUUGAUUGCCA